AUGGAUGUGAUGGUGGUGACUGGCGCUGGUCAGAUAAGUAUGGCGAUUGCGCGCCGACUGGGUGCUGGGAUGAAGAUAGUGAUGGGUGACAAGAAGUUGGAAAAUGCUGAGGCGAUUGCGAAGGUGAUGAAUGACGCUGGGUUCGACGUUGUGCCGUUCGAGAUGGAUUUGAGUUCGCGAGAAUCAGUAUUGUGUUUGCUGGCGGAGGCGCAGAAGUACGGCGAGGUUGCGAUGCUUGUGAACGGGGCUGGUCUGUCUCCGAGUCAGGCGUCGGUGGAAGGUUUGCUGAAGGUGGAUUUGUAUGGAACGGCUGUGUUGUUGGAGGAGGUAGGGAAGGUGAUAAAGAGAGGUGGCGUGGGUGUUACCAUCUCGAGUCAGUCGAGCUACCGCAUGCCCGCUCUGUCGCCGGAAGUGGACGAGCAAUUGGCGUUGACGGGACCGGAGGCGUUGCUGAAUCUCCCCUGCCUUCAGCUCGAUACUAUCCAGGACACGCUCCAUGCCUACCAGAUGGCCAAACGCUGCAAUCAGAAACGCGUCAUGGCCGAGGCCGUCAAGUGGGGCCGGCGCGGCGCCCGGCUCAACUCCAUCUCGCCCGGGAUCGUUGUCACUCCACUCGCUCGCGACGAGUUCAAAGGACCACGCGGAGACUUUUACAAAGAUAUGUUCGCCCGCUGCCCAGCCGGACGACCUGCCACCGCUGACGAGGUCGCCAACGUCGCCGAACUCCUCCUAAGCUCCAAAGGCGCGUUCAUCACGGGCACCGACAUCCUGAUCGACGGAGGCGCCACCGCCUCCUACUACUACGGACCACUCAAACCGCGACAAGCCUGA